UGAACAGUCAAAACUGCGAAGAGAUGUCCGACUCGAUGGACGCGUCGACUCUGAGCCAGACAUCGGUGGUCCAGAAGUUGACAAAAAUGCCAAACAAGUCAUACAAUUUGCGGCGAAGAGUCGGCGACAGCGCAUCCAAAGCGGGCCGACACUCGUCCCCAGCCGUGAGUCGGACCACAAUUGACGACUUGCCCGACGAUUGUCUGCUCGAUAUCUUUGAAAAGUUGGAUACGAUUCAAGACAAGUGCGCUCUUCAGAGAGUGAAUAAGAGGUUUUACUUUUUGGUCAACCGUUUACUGAAGGCUCAGAAGACGUUUACGGUUGGCUCCACUUUUGGCGACAACAAUGAACAAAUGCUGACACAAAGAAUCUGCCGAACGAUAAUCAAGAGGUGUCCGAAUCUGGAGACCUUCAAAAUGCCCGGAUUUUAUACCAAAACCAGCACUAAUACACUCGAAGAGCGAAUCGGAGACAAAGAAAUGUUUUCAUUGGGUCGGAAGUGCAAAGAACUGCGCGAACUGGACAUCUGUGGCUGCGGUAACGUUACCGAAAGGGGUAUCAAUUAUAUCGCCGACGUCUGUCCCAAACUCGAGAAGUUGUCCAUCAGUUUCUGUCUUCAAGUGUCGGGCGCUUCCCUUCAGAAGUUGACGAAGAAUUUCAGGACUCUUUCGAUCAACACUAACGAUAUGACACCUCCUUUGGUUGAUUGUCUCAAGUCAUUGAGUAAAGGGGACGGCAAACACAUUACGGAACUCAAUGUUUGCGCUUAUAAUGAACUCAAUUCGCAGGAAAACAUUCUUCAGAUGAUUUGCACUGAAUUCCAAUGUCUCAGAACUCUUCGAUAUUCAAUAGUCUCAAAAGACUUAGUGAAAUAUGGUUUGUUUGGUUCGCUUCGGAAUCUGCGAGAAUUGGUGUUUGAUUGCAAUGCACUGAAUCUGUCGGAUCACGAGAUGCUUAACAUAAUGAUGGGCUGCAAGGACUUGAAGUCGAUAUUCAUCCGUUACGAACACGGGAAGGAUCACAACACACUCACCGACUAUUCGUUGCGAAAAUUGCCGCUCUUUUGCCCCAAUUUAGUGAAAUUCAACUUUCAAUCCAAAGAGACGGGUUUGGGUGUGACGGACACCACGAUCGAGAGCUUUAGUCAACUCAAGCACUUGGAGUUUCUCGGGUUCCGCAACUUCGACAAUAUC